AUGUCUUACAACAAGCCCGAGAAGGACUUCGGUGAGGGUCCCAAGAUCCACAAGAUCCGCAUCACCCUCACCUCCCGCAACGUCAAGAGCCUCGAGAAAGUCUGCCAGGAGCUCAUCGACCGUGCCAAGAACAAGGAGCUCCGCGUCAAGGGUCCCGUCCGUCUGCCCACCAAGCACUUGAAGAUCACCACCCGUAAGACCCCUUGCGGUGAGGGUUCCAAGACUUGGGACACAUACGAGAUGCGCAUCCACAAGCGCCUCAUCGACCUCCACGCUCCCACCGAGGUUGUCAAGCAGAUCAUCAUCAACAUCGAGGCCGGUGUCGAGGUUGAGGUUACCAUCGCCGCAUAA